GGAAGGCGCAGCAUGAACUCUGACGUCUCUGUCUCGCGCUUGAAACAACAGCAAAACUUAGUUGUGUAUCGGUGAUAAAUUGUACUUAAUUGUCUUCUGCCUAAUCGAAUGUAUUCAACUCGCAAAAGCGGGCCAGGCUUCAGCUGUAAACAUGGAAGACGAACAUCAGCGCUAUCGACGGGAGCAGGAAGAAGCCGUUUCAAAUAAAUCCGGGAGCUCUGCCAGCGAAGUAAUUUUUGUGAUUUUUCCAAACAUCUGUAGUCUUUUACUCACUCUCACUCUCACAACGUUACUUGGACCGCAAACUAGCCGGCAAUCCAAGAUUAUUUUGGAAUUUUGCUUCGUGAUUUUACCGAGUAUUCUCUGUUGUACUGUCCUCCAUACAAAGGUGAUUGAAGUAUCGUUAAUUUUCCUCAUAAUUUCUACGGCAAAUAUUUUAUCAAUCCUUGCUUGGAGACACCGAGAUGCUUUCAAAACUCAGUCAACUCAUAGUAUUAGUAAACUUGCGUUUAUUACGAAUUUUCGAGCGUUAACAAAUAUCAUAACUGUAAUUUGUAUUUUGGCCGUCGAUUUUACGUGUUUCCCAAGAAAGUUUGUAAAAACUGAAACUUAUGGUUACAGUUUGAUGGAUACCGGUGUAGGUCUUUUUAUGAUUGCAAACGCUUUAGUCGCACCCGAAGCUCGACGUAUUGAUUCAGAUUUGAAAAUUUCCUUUUUCGCUGGAUUAACCAGAACAUUUAAAGACUGCUUGCCGUUAUUAGUGUUGGGUAUGGGUAGAUACUUGGCUGUAGAAUUUUUGGGCUACCAAAAGCACGUUACCGAAUACGGGGUGCAUUGGAAUUUCUUUUUAACACUUGCCUGUGUGAAAUUAUUUACAGGUCUUUUGUCAAAGAAUUUGAACUCGAGAUAUUCUUUUGUAACGGGUUUGUGGAUUCUCGUAAUGCAUGAGUAUGGUUUGAGUACACAGGGUUUAAAAGAGUGGGUAAUGAGCGAUGAACCACGGAAUAAUUUUAUAUCAGCAAACCGAGAAGGAUGGGUGUCUAUUCCGGGAUACGUCGGAUUGUACUUACUUGGCAUCGCUCUAGGGCGGCUAAUUCACACAACGUAUCAAAAUAACGACAACGAACUAGUUUUUGAAAUAACUCCUAAUUGUCGUAUAGGCUACACCAAGUUAAUGUUACUCGCAUUAAAGUUGUAUUUUGUUGCUUCCGUUUGUUACUGUGUAACCUACUAUUGUGAACAGUAUUUUGGUAUAUCUAGAAGAUUGGCAAAUUCAGGAUACUGUGUGUGGAUACUUACGUUAAGUUCUUUGCUUCUGACUUUUUUGGUGGUAAUAGAAAUAUUUUUAGAAAUAAUUACUGGUUGCUUGAAAGAAAAAAGUCGUAGAAAGAUUUCUAAACAUCUACGACGAGAUGAUUUGAAUAGCAAAUCAAAUAUAAGCAUAGUUAAAACGUUAGAAAUAUUUGAAGCUGUUAAUAAUAAUGGUUUGUUAUUUUUUAUUUUUGCCAAUCUGUUAACUGGUGCCAUCAAUAUGUCCAUCAAAACACUUAGACAAGAGGAGCCCAGAGCUGUAAUGAUUAUGUUAGCCUACAUGGCUGUAAAUUUUACUUUUGUUCUACUUCGUCAAAAAGCCAAAUACUUACUUCAUGCCAAGAAGAACAAUUAGAGGAAAUUUUAACUACACAAGUAUUAUUAAUUUAUAGAUAUAGUGCUAUAAUACGCACAAGAAUCCGUAUAAAAGUUGGUGUUUCCUAUAGAAAUUGCUAUUUAAUUAUUUUAACUCGGAGAAUCAUAGAUCGUGUGAUAUAGUGUGUUGGUAGUAAAUUACUAAUUGUAUUUGAUUUACUAGUUCUAUUAAAUUAUUUAUAAAAAUAAUAACAGUUUUUUAGUAAAUUACUACAAACCAAAGCAAUUUCCAACAUAUUUUGAUAUAAUGUACAUUAACAAAGCUACGUUCAAACUUAAUCUUAACAAAGGUCGAUAGUUAACUUUGUGAUAUUUUACAGUCAUGGUUAUAAGUAAGUGUAAUUUUUAACUA